UUGUCCCCCGCCCUCCUCGUCACGUGGGGUUCUCACCCAUCCCAUCCCUCGCGGGCUCGCUCAUCCCCGCGAUGGUGCUCGAUGGUGACACAGCCAGCGACGGCGUUGCCGCUGGCUGCUGCUGCUGGCUGUGGCUGUGCGCGGCGCUCGCCCUGCUGGGCGCGUGCUGGGCGGCGCGGCGCGCGCAGCUGUGGAGGCGCGAGGUGAUCCCGCGCCUCCUCGCCGCCUUCAGCAAGCGGUACAGCCGCCUCAUGGCGCGCACCAAGCGGGAGCUCUUCUCCAGCAUGGACGACCUGGUGCUUGACAAUGAAAAGCCUCUUCAUGUGUUGGAGAUUGGAGCAGGCACCGGAGCCAACUUUGAGUUUUUCCCACCGGGCACCCAAGUCACGUGUCUUGAUCCCAACCCGCAUUUCAAAAAAUUCCUGCUCAGGGCGUUUGACGAGAACCGGCACGUGACUCUCCUGGACACGGUGGUGGCGCACGGGGAGGACAUGCGCAGCGUGCCGGACGCCAGCGUGGACGCUGUGGUGUGCACCCUCGUCAUGUGCUCGGUGCAGGAGCCUGAGGGCGUCCUGCGGGAGGUCAUCCGCGUGCUGCGUCCCGGCGGGAAGCUGUACCUCCUGGAACACGUGGUAGCAGCUCCCAACACGUGGGUGCGGAGCUGUCAGCAGAUGCUGGAGCCUCUGUGGUCCUACAUGAGUGACGGGUGCAAGCUGGCUCGUGACACCAGGCGCAUUGUGCAGGCCGCGGGAUUCUCAGAAGUGGACAUCAAGAACAUCAACGCGCCCCUUAAGUUCCCCCUGCUUAAUCCGCAUUUAGUGGGGUGUGCAGUGAAGUAGUUACACCGAUCUACGUGGCUCCGUCCUGGUUGGUACGCAGAUAACACAUUCCUGCGGAGGGGGCUGUUAGGAAAUUUGAAGUAAUUACGAAGUAAUUUUGUACGGAUAUUUAAGGCAAACUUGUUAGGGUCGUGCGCAGAAGAAAGCAAAAUGAAAAGUGAGCAGAAUUAUAAAACGACGCCAGAAAGUGCAGCAGAAAGAGGUCCCACCAGAAAGUGCAGUAUAAAAGAGGUCCCACCAGUCGCACCAGAAAGUACAGUGUACAAUCCCCUGCCUCCUGUGAAUUAAUCCCGGUUGGGCUUCCAGUCCAUAUAAGGGCACCACGGGGUGACCAGCCCCUCCCCACCCAGCCCCACCCCACCCAG